AUGUCUGACACAACUCAAUUAACAUACGCUUAUCUACUCCAGUCGGCUCUCAAGACCGAAUCGGCUAUCGAUGUCAGCAAGGGCAAGACCAUCUCGGUUGUCUAUGAUGGCAACCAGGGUUCUUACAACUCUGGCUUGAUUAAGAUUGAUGCUACUUCUCAGCUUACCGGAUCGCGUGGAUUUGCUAGCCUCAAGAAGGCGUAUCUCACCCUACCGUAUGUGAUUACCGCCAAAUCGACUGGCACGGCGGAUCUAAAUGCGAAGACUAUUCCUCGAUUUGCAUGUGCGCUCAAAUGCAACGUUGCCAACGUUAUUGACUCGCUGACGGUUGAACUUAACGGCAAAAAAGUAAUCACUGAAAUUGAGUACAAGGGCUUCUGGAACAAUCUCCGUGCUAUGACGGAACUUUCGCAGGACGAGGUAGCCAAGCAUGGUGCUGACAUGCAUCUAUAUCCGGAUACUUGGUCGAGCAUCAACGUCACCAAAGCUGUUUCUGGUACUGGAGAUGGCUAUAGCAACAAUCAAAUUGGUAUUGAAGCCAAGCUUGAUAACACUCUCUCGCAAACACAGGAGCCGUAUGCUCACAAUCCUGGAUUUUUCAAGCGCGCGCUGAAUACUCCUCCUCAAAUCGACUCGACGGAGGCAACCGGAUCUUUCUCUUGGGCUUCCAUGGGAACUACUGCUAGCAAGCAAAUUCUACAGGAGAAUGGUCGUGGUUGUUUUAGGGAGUCUGAUGCUACGUCGUAUGGAGUUGAUAAGGUCGUUGGUAAGUGGUUUCACAUGCUUAAGAUCAGCACUCGUCGAUUUGCAUCCGAUUUUUAA